CUCAUGCUAGAUUUCACGGGAAAAAAUCAUGAUUAGAUAGGAUGAAUGACGUAUUCGUUUACAAUUUUAUACUGUUGGUCUGCGUGGCGCACUUGCUACCAGUUAUUUGGUCUGACAGCACGUCAAACAUGCUCCUGCCUUUAGGAAUUUGUCUCGCUCUAACAAGCUUAAGCUGCGUCAACUGUUUGACGCGCCUCCGUUGCACGGAUAUCGUGGGUCCUCGACACUGCAAGGAAGUGACAGAAUGUUCAUUAGGAGAGGUAUGUUAUGCUCAACAGACAACAAACAGAUAUGGACAAGUGCUUUAUGACUUGGGUUGUACAGAGCCAUCGACAUGUUCAAAUCGCUCGCAUGGCAACGACUCGUGUGAGGAAUGCUGUAGUACCGAACUGUGCAACGCAGCGGGAUGUGGUCAGCCCGGCUAUCCGUCCGGUCGAGGUCCAAUAUGCUACAGCUGUUCCUCCCAAUACUCAGAAGGGUCAUGCCACAUAAUCGACUUUUGUAGAAGCAACGAAUUGUGCAUGUCACGCGAAGAGCGAGAGUUUGGUGACACGGUGUACAUCUCGAAAUGUGAAUUGUUGACGCAUUGCCAAAACCUCAAGGGCGAUGUACCAAUAAUAGGCAGGUCAAUUUUGGAUGACUCCAGAUCUUUAACGGAAAUCACGUGUCACAAAUGCUGCCAUAAUGAUCUUUGCAACGCCAAUUGUCGCACUAAAGCGGACUCCUGUGCAUCCAACCCAUGCGUACAUGGAAGAUGUGUCUAUGGAAUGACGGGUUAUACAUGUGUAUGUGAUCCUAUGUUCAAAGGAUACAAUUGCUCAGGGACUACUGUGCAUCAAAACCCUGCGCACAUGGAAGAUGUUACAACAUCGGAACGGAUUAUGCGUGUGUAUGUGACCCGCAUUACACCGAACACAAUUGUUCUGUUCAAUAAAAGAUUGCCUGGAUAAAAGAAACUUCACCAAGGUCAGUGGAGUGUACAGGAUACAACCAGAAGAGAACAAUGAAACAAUCAAUGUCUACUGCGACAUGACAACGGAUGGCGCUGGAUGGACGCAAUCCCUGGUGGUCGACGGACUCACCUCUUCGGUUUCCAGACGAUUGUAACAGCGAAGCCUUGCGGACCUUUGCGACCAACUGCGGGCUCUCGGAGCACUCCAUGGGGAACCACUACAUCCUGAGUGAUCCAAAGAGCAAUGACAUCAACAACAUCGUCAUAGUGAUACCAGAUGACUUGCGAGAUUUCGGCACGUGCGAGAAGAUCGUUCGAGAUCUCAAUGAGAGAUGCAAUAAGGAUUACUUCGACUACUAACGCUAUGUUAACAUCAACCUUGGCUUUUCACGUUUUUUCGUCGUUAUACUCUUCGAUCAGCUUUUUAAUAAGAACUGUAUUUCAGUGCUAUAAAUUAUUACAUUCGUACAAUUGUUUAUCAAAUACGAUACAAUACUUAAGUGUGUUCUAAAGACAAACUAUUUUAACAAACAAUCUGGUCUUAAUGCAUGUAGUGAAAGUGUCAUCCUUGUUCUGCGUGUGUAAUUACUGUCUAAUCAUGGACGACUCUUUCCGCAUUGAGGGAAUUGUUCGUGCUAAAGAUGUCUUCUCUAAACAAAAGUCCAAUAAUAGCGCAAAGUGGUGUCCCUGAUUAGCCUGUUUGGACUGCUCAGAUUAUUUAUUACGACGCUUUACGCACAUGCGUUAAGCCCAGUUUUUCAAGAAUGCUGUUAAUUUAAACAAAACGAAUCGAUUGUUUUCAGACUGAGACCAGGAGCUGUAAACUUUUAUUUGCCGUAAAUAUCUGUAAAUUCCUUAACUGUUUUUUAUGUAUUUAAGGCCGCUUCUGCCAAUAAAUAUUAUCGUCUCGCA